GAGAGACCAAAAGCGAUGACCAGACUCUUACUGAAAUAAUGCCAGCACUGUGCACGCUCAUUUAAGUGCAGAUUCUGAGGUUCGGCGCGUGCAUUUGAUCGUGGAACAUCCCACAGAAGCUUAUGUGGUGUCGUGACUUAUUUUAGUGGAAGUAUUUUUAACAAUUUAUUUGCAAUCUACUAUUUUGGUUAUUCUGCACCUUGACAAUUUUGACUUAAGACAUCAUAUAGUAAUUUUUGACCUUCUUUUGCAAAACUUCAAAUCUCUGGUGACUCGAUCAUCAAUAUGCAUGAGUCAUUAAGCCCUGGGCUUCCUCGCUUUCUCUUUUAUUGAUCCGCGUCUGAGCUGCUCCGAUAACAGCCAAAGACAAGAUAUGAGACAACUCAAGGACCAUGUCUCCACAUAGAGGAACUGGAGAGGAACUGUUAUUGUUAUUUAGGUUAUGGUGACAGUGACGGACAGGUUGAUCGUGAUGGAUGUGAGAUGUCGAUUUCUCUUCACCUUCUGCUCGCUGCUCAUCGCCUGCAGUGACGGGUCUCCGUUCACCGACUGCAUUCAGAGCAAAGGGAAAGCGGGCUUUUACAAGGGGUCCAUAGACUCCACUGAAUCAGGCGUGAAAUGCAUGAACUGGAGCGAUGUGCCGGGUGUUAUAGAGCGGUAUCCGGGAAAAGGGCUUGGGGAUCACAGUUUCUGCCGGAACCCGGACGGGAGAAUUCGGCCCUGGUGUUUCUUUCCAAACAGCCGAGGACGCAUAGACUGGGGGUACUGCGACUGCAAGCAAGGUUCUUUGCGACUGCAGGGAGGCAGAUCCAAGCUGGAUGGUACAGUAGAAGUGUAUCUGAAUGGUGUGUGGGGAACCAUCUGCAGUAACGGCUGGGAUGACCGAGAUGCCGCUGUGGUGUGUCGACAGCUGGGACAGGGCUAUAGAGCGCGUGCACGUGUGAGUCCUCUGUCACGUCUGGUGGUGUCUGUAGUUCACUGGCAGACUGUGGGCUGUGAUGGACAGGAAGAGGACUUACUGCAGUGCAAUCGCACCGUCUGGAACGGGGGAGAAUGUGUUAACCGUCAGGCGGCUGCCGUCUCUUGCACGCCAGUGGAGGCUUCAGUGUUUGUCCCAGUACGUCUCUCUGGUGGGCCAUCAGUGUAUGAGGGCAGAGUAGAGGUGUAUCAUGCAGGACAGUGGGGCACAGUGUGUGAUGACCAAUGGGAUGAUAAUGACGCUGAGGUGGUCUGCAGGCAGCUGGGGUUGGGGGGCAUUGCUAAGGCUUGGGUGGGAGCAUAUUUCGGCGCAGGCUCAGGGAGAGUAUUGUUGGAUGAGGUGAGCUGCACAGGAAAUGAGCUUUCCAUAGAGCAGUGUCCAAAAACUGCCUGGGGGGAGCACAACUGUGACCACACAGAGGAUGCUGGAGUGUCUUGCAUUCCACUUACAGAUGGUGCAGUGCGUCUGGUUGGGGGUGUGAAGGGUUAUGAGGGGAGACUGGAGGUUCAUUACAGAGGUCAGUGGGGGACCGUGUGUGAUGAUGGCUGGACACAGACCAACACACAGGUUGUCUGCAGGCAGCUGGGCUUCAGGUCAGGGGAGAGUGUGUCGGCAGGGCGGUUCGGGGUGGCGGUGGGUCCCAUUCUCCUGGAUGAUGUCAGGUGUACAGGAAAAGAGCCCACAGUAACACACUGCAGCCGGAGGGGCUGGUUCAAACAUGACUGCACUCACAUCCAAGACGCAGCCAUUGUGUGCAACCCCCAACGCUCCAGACACGGAGUGCCCACCAGUAUGCCUGUGAGACUGGUGGGCGGAGAGAAUGAGAGAGAGGGGCGUGUGGAGAUCCUGGUGGCUGGCCAGUGGGGGACAGUUUGUGAUGACGGAUGGACGGAUCGGGAUGCAGAGGUGGUGUGCAGACAGCUGGGUUACAGUGGGCUGGCUAAAGCUCGUGUAAUGGCGUAUUUUGGAGAGGGUGAGGGGCCUAUACACACUGACAAUGUAAAGUGCACAGGUGGGGAACAUUCACUGAUUGACUGUAUCAAACAACCGUUUGGGACCCACAACUGCCGCCAUAGCGAAGAUGCCGGCGUUAUUUGUAACUAUGGGUUACAGAAGGAUUCUCCUGAGGUCAAAGAGGCAGUGGGCUCCAUGUGUGGUCUAAGACCCUCUCAUACCCGUCAGAAGAGAAUAAUAGGAGGAGAAAACUCGCUACGUGGGGGCUGGCCGUGGCAGGCAGCUGUGCGCUUACGGGGGUCUCAGGCAGACGGACGGUUGGUAUGUGGAGCCACUUUGAUCAGCAGCUGCUGGAUCCUCACCUCUGCUCACUGCUUUAAGAGGUACGGUAACAGCACUGGGCUGUAUAAAGUUCGUGUGGGUGAUUAUCACUCUCUGGUUCCUGAGGAGUAUGAGGAAGAGUACGCUGUGGAGAAGAUCGUCCUUCACCCGCGCUACCGCGCUGACAGUAAUGACUAUGACCUGGCACUGGUGCGUGUUUCUGGUCACGGAGCUCACAGGGGUGUCAUGGGCGACUGCGUCACACUGAGCCGCUUCGUGCUGCCCGCCUGCCUGCCAAUGCGGAGAGAGAAAGUGCCAAAGGGCAUUGCCAACUGCUACAUCACAGGCUGGGGAGACACAGGUCGUGCAUAUUCAAAAACUCUCCAGCAGGCCUCCAUUUCCGUGUUGAGCAAGCGUCAAUGCGAGCAGCGCUAUUCUGAUCAGUUCACUGGUCGCAUGCUGUGUGCCGGCUCCUCCCACGAUGACCACCGCGUGGACAGUUGCCGUGGAGAUAGCGGCGGUCCGCUGGUGUGCGAGAGGCCGAGUGGAAGUUGGGUUGUAUAUGGGGUCACAUCAUGGGGUCACGCGUGUCGACUGCAAGAUGCACCUGGCGUCUACACCAAAGUCUCUGCCUUCGUGCCCUGGAUUAAGAAGGUCAUUGGCAAGUAGGACCCAGAAAAAUCAACCAAUAACAGACAGCCUGACUGUGCGGGCAGAAAAAUGAAGCACACUUUUAGAGUAAGAAUCCUUAGAGCUAAAUAUGUUUUAGAUUACGGUUUAAAAUAGAUAAUAGUUUCAUAACACUAGCUGAAAUCAACUACAAAUAAGUCUUAAAUGUCAGAGAGAGUUAUGUAGAGCCUGGCUUUAAAUACAGUAUAGUCCUCACAAAAUUUGAACUUUGCACUAAAAUUACACUGAUAAAAAGAAAAACAGUGAAAUAUCUAAACAUUCUUAAGAUAAAUGAGUUUAGAGUUUAAAAUUAUAUUACGACUUGUUUUUCAGAGAAUAUAUCAUGAACAAUUAAGUGUAAAGCUUUAAAAUUUGUGAGGUUUAUGCUUGAAACAAUACAAAGUUGUGAGGUUAUCUUGUUUUAACAAUGGUUAGAUAUUUUUACUGGAAAACACACACAUACACAAAGGCCCAUCAUAAUAGCGAUGUGUCGAUUAGUCUUAAAUUGGCAGGUUAAAUUAUUGCAGGUCCUCUUUGUUUUUUUUAAUAAUGAAAGCACUUCUAGGUUGAAGAGACCACAAUGGUGAGUGUGGAAUUAUAGAUUUUUUUUUUUUAUUACGAAUACAAUAAUGAAAGCAUAUCUGUGUGACUAUGUACUUUAUGCCAUUAAGAGACAGAAAGUAUUUGAGCCUGUAAAAUGGGACGAGUAAUGUUCCAGUUUGAUAUUGAAGAACGUUCCAAUGGCUUGAAAUCACAUCAAGCUUUAAUGCUGAAAUGAGACGAUUCUGGAUUUCCUGCUAAGAAAUGUAUGGUAAUUCUAAACUCCUGGGAUAUGGUUACCAUGCCAUUGCUAAGUAACUGACCACAUCACCUCAUCGACACAUUAAAUGACAUCAUAAUGCUCCACAGGAACCAUGACAUCAUUUAUUAUAGCACAGAUGUUCGUGAUGAUAACUGGACUGAGGUUUUCUAUAUCUCAACAUCAGGACAAAAAGCACAUCAUAUAUUUGCUUAAUAUUUUCACAGUGCCACAGUCACUUCCAGAUGCUUGUGGGAUAUGGGAAUUAUGUGCAAUGCAAAACUGUUUAUACCUCCUUGUUUUAAUGUUGUGAUAAUGCAUUUCAUUUCAGCGUAAUUAAUUUGUGUUUGUUUUCUGUGAUUUAUGUCGAUAUUACACAUCUGUGAGCAUGAUUUAUGAGAGUAGUCUUUAUACAGACUACACCACCUUUUUUUUUUUUUUUUAAAACAACUGGUCUGUGUAUAUAAAAAAGCUGACCAACCACAAUCUCUUAUUUUGCACAAACUAAGGUGUUGCAAUUUAGACUUUUUGUAAAGGUGUUUUUCUAAUGCAUCAUUCAGUCACUGUAGUCUUCUGUUAAUUAGCUGUACUAUGAAAACUGUAAAAAGUGUUAAUUUGUUAACACUUGGUCAAGAAUUCUGUGUUUAGUAUUGCCUUUAUAUAUGUUUAAAUAUUUCUGAACAUGGCAUGGUGCUUUUAUUAUUGCCUAAAAAGUGUGUCAAGUCAUAUGUGACGCUAUUCAUAAGGGCUGCAAUGUCAUUAACAGCAAAACAAAAUAUGGUAAAUAAUAUUUAGAGGAACUUAAAAUCACAAAAAACUCAGUUUGGAGUAUUAAACAUUUAACAAUUGGUAUAAAAUUUGUCGUUGGAAUAAAGUACUGUCUGUUUCUUAAAUUGGAAGAGAAAAUUAGAGCGGAAAAACAGUAGGCCUAUGUUUGUGUGAAUGCACAUCUAUAUUUCGCAUUGGAGGAAGUUUCUGACCAAAUGGUUAGCUUUAGAAUUUCUGAGUACACAGGCAAGUUUAGCUAGCUUUGUUUUGUUCGCUCAGUGGUCAGUGUGUACAGUGUUAGUGUAGUCUUUUCAGAAAGCCCUUUGUUUACACAGGUCCAUUGUGUGUGUGUUGACACUGCAUUUCAAAUACACUCCUCCUUUGAGCUCAUCUCUAUGGAGACAAGUUUACUGUAUCAUGGGAAACACCUAAAUGAAUGUUCAGAAAUGCAUGUAAGAUUGUUUGUUUGUAUUCAUUCGCUACUUCCUGAAGCAGAAAACUACUUAAAGUAAAUCUGAGUGAAAAUGCGUUAGUUUUGCCAUAAGCGCAAAUACAAUAAAUGUAAAAUUGGAUCCCUGUGAAUAACUCUGCAGUUAUAUAGGCAGGAGGGGGAGAUGUUUCUCAAAGACUCUUUAUCUAGUGAAAAAUCAAUCAUGACUGCUCACUGAGAGGGAGAGAUCUUAGCAGUGUCACAGCGCCAUCUUGAGGAUACUGUUGAAUAGCAAUAGCUUAAUUAUGGACGACCUGUGGAACUAUCUAAAUUAAACUUACAUUUUU